CCAUGCUGGAACGCGGAACGUUCGGGGCGCGCUUCAUCGCGCUGCUCGUGCUGCUGUUGCUCUCGUCAGCUGAUCAUCAACAGCUGGUGGCCGCAUUUCGCAAAUCAUUUGAAGAGCUGAGUGUCCAUACGAUUCCCGACUCCGGAUCACUGGAAGACUGUUCGCUUCGGCUACAGAAACUGGCCAGCGAUGAACCGACGGCUGCUGCCCCCACGGAAGAGUAUCCCUCGUUUUCGCGCGAGUUUGCCCACCUGGCGGCCCUGGGCUGGCGACCGGCCACCGGUAAAGGGGAGCUCGAGUGGCGCUGCAGUGGGACACUGAUCGCGGAAGACUUUAUCCUGACGGCCGCUCACUGCACGCAGGAUGAAGGUGCGGAACCGGUGGUGGUGCGACUCGGGGAUCUCGACCUGUACAACCCCAAAGAUGAUCGCUAUGUGCAGCAGAUCGAAAUCGCGGAGAUCGUGCGUCAUCCGGAGUUUAAAUUCGACAGUGCGUAUCAUGACGUUGCGUUGCUGCGCCUCAAACAACCCGUGACUGUCACCGAUUUCGUUACGCCGGCCUGCCUUUACACCAACGAUUCCCUGCCAUUCGAUCGGCUUUACGCAUCCGGAUGGGACUUUUAUGCCGAAGUGUCACCACCGAUCGUGACGGCGCCGCUGAAUCCGAUCAAUCAGGAUCGGUGCAAGUUUUGGUAUCGCGAUAACAAGGAAGCCUUCCGGCGCGGUAUCAACCGGAUGCAGAUGUGCGCAGGGGAUGAGAAGCUCAAGAGUUGUCCGAGUGAUACCGGAGGACCGCUGCAGGUGCGGUUACUGUCCAGCUCUCGGUACACUCCUUUUGUGGUCGGUGUGUCGGCGUUGGGUGUGCCUUGUGGUGCCACGACGCCCGGCGUGUACGCUAAGGUGCCACAUUACAUCCUGUGGAUUGAGGACGUCACGAAGCGAGUGUACCAUCCGGCGGAUUGUGUUGUGCGACACAUUUCGCGGCGUGAACGUGACACUGCGCUCGUCGCAACGGAGCUUAAGACACUCACCCCCGAGACGCAUCUAACCGGUGUGAGGAGCACGGUACCGGCCAAUCCUUUGCGUGCUAAAUUGCACGUAUUCAAAGAAUUUAAGUGUGCGGUCGGCAAGGAGGGCGAGAACGUGGAGUGGAUUUGCGGUUGCACAAUUGUUGCACAGGACUACGCCCUGACGUCCGCCCGAUGCGUCAAGGAUGUGGAGGUCGAUGUGGUGAACUAUCGCAACGACUGGAAGAAGAUUGCCGAGGUCAUCUUCCAUCCGGAGUGGGACAGGAAGACGCUCUACAACGAUCUGGCACUGAUUCGGCUGCAAACCGACAACCGCAAUCGAUACGACUGGAAGGCGGUUUCGUGCGUCGGCAGUACGCACAGUGAUGUCGAUGAUCAAAGGGAUCGAUACCUUUCGUUCGGCAUCGGACCGUACAACCUGAACGAUGAUGGUGCCAAGGAUGGCAACGAGGAUGCUACCGAGCGGUAUCUGACGGCCACGCUGCAACUCCUGGCGAACGUCAAUUGCAGCGACGCGUACCAGGGGUACGGUAUACUGAAGAGUGGCAUCAAUGAGACGCACCAAUUCUGCCUCGGUUCCGGUGGUGACUCGCUGGUUCCCGGUGCCUGUGAACCCUGGAAUGGUAACGAGGUGCUGGGUGAGAUACGACCUGGACCUGGACCUGGAACAGCAGCCGGAGUUGGUUCACCGUUUCCCGAGGAUCUCGUCGGUGUUAGUUCGUACGCACCGGAGUGUGGAUUCGGUCGACGGCCACUGGUAGCGACGCGCCCCGGCGCCUACAUCGGUUGGUUAAAUAGUGUCGUGUACAAGACGACGGAGCUGAGCGCGGUACCGCAGGAGCUGCUGGAGAAGGAGCUCGCCCUCGAUUACGUCUGCGAAGGUGAGAACCGGGAUGCGGGAGUUUGCGUCCAUAUUGACCACUGUUCGCACCGGGCGCUCGUCACCAAGCAGCUGAUCAAGCUGUGCACCAACGAGACGGCCACCAUCGUGUGCUGUCCGGUGAAUUCGUUCAUCGCUACCGCCCAUCUACCGCUGCUGACGGAGUGCGAGACGAACUAUCAACGGUUUCGCAAGAAGUAUGUCGAGUUUGCCGGCGCGGAUGCGGGUGAGGACGGCGAGCUGAUGGAAGGGGACCAUCCGCAUACGGCAAUGAUCGGCUGGAAGGUUAACAAGACGUCCUCGGCCAUCGGGUGGCACUGUAUCGGGACGCUCAUCAACCGCAACACGGUCCUUACGACCGCCGGUUGUACCAACACCUUUCGCAGACGAAGCCCGGAUGUGGUGAGUGUUGGCGAGACGAACGUCGACCGGAUUUACGACGGAACGGCACAGAUCAUCCGCGUCAAGGAGACGAUCCGCUAUCCGAGCUACAACGCGAAGACGCACGAGUUCGACAUCGCGGUACUGAAGCUGGCGUCCGAUGUGCAGGUCAGUGCGAACGCGGUACCGGCCUGUCUGUGGCGGGACCUCAACCGUACACCGUACUAUGGCCAGGCGGUCCACUUCGACGGGCGGUCGGUGUCGGCCCGGGACCGGAAUGUGGUCCACAACCGGGACUGCAAGCUGUUCACCGAGCACACGGACCUGAACGGUGAUCAGAUGUGUUGGCAGAGCUUCCGGUUGCGGGAGGAUGGAACCGAUGCACCGAGCUGUGGCCGCCGGGGCGAUCCGUUUAUCAUGCUGCAGCGCAGCAACAACAUCUACCUUCCGUUUCUGGUCGGGCUGUACAGCCACGACCGGCAGUGUGCCGGCGGUGAACCGAUCGUGGCCACGCGCAUCUCUUCCUACAUCAAUUGGAUUAGUCUAUACAUGUAACCCCCCCCCCCCCCCCCCUUCGGAUCCACGGCGGUGUGGCUGGCUGGCCGCGACGUAUAAUGACAGGCGGCGGUGGCGGCGGCGACGGCGGCAUUUGGUUGCCGGAUCGGUAAUGUUUGGUUCGAACUUUCGCGAGCAGAUAACGGGCGCUUCGGUUGCGCUGUUUUCCCGACAUUCAGGCGAAUGCGCUCCUGUGUGUGUGCGUGUGUGUGUGCGCGUGUGUAUGCGUGUUGCGUGUGGAUCACACCAAGUAGGUGACAAUUGCAUUGGAAAUUGUUGGCGUUGUGUCCGUUGCAUCGAGUUUCAAUCAUCGGCGAGAGUGAUGCAGAUGGCAAACCAUGAAAGGAGCUUUUGUUUGGCGAAUAAAAUACUCAUUUUAUAUUAAACUUUA